AUGGAUUAUUCUUUAAUGAAAUACUUGGCAAUAUUGAACCCUAAAAAACAAAAUUCAGAAACGUGUCAUAAAGACUUUUUAAAAAUUGCAAACACUUUGCCGGUUGCGUUUGAAGAAACGGCACUAACAAACGAAUGUCUUUUGUUGAUGCAACAUCAAAAAGGAAAUCAAGAAGAACAAAGGAUUGAAACUUACUGGGGCAAUAUUUUUAAAAGGACCUUUGAUAACGGAGAAAAAAUGUUCCCCAACCUGGAACACAUUUUAAAGGCCGCAUUAGCACUGUCGCAUGGCAAUGCAGAUGUGGAAAGGGGCUUUUCAUGUUCGGGUAGAAUUUUAAUACCAGAAAGGGCUAACAUGUGUCAGAGGACCCUUGAUGCGCAUUUGACCGUUAAAUCGGCACUAAAAAACAUGUACGAAAACAAGAUUCAUUUAGUCCCUUUAACACCUGAAUUGAUGAAAUUAGCCAGAACGGCAUAUAUAAGAUAUAAAACAUAUUGUGAAGAACAGAAGCAAAAAGAAGAAAUAAAGAAGCUCGAAAAGAAAAGAAAUGAGGAACUUGAUAGAGAAAAAAAAGAACUUAAGAGAAAGUACGAAGAAACUAAGACGAUUAUUGAAGAAGGUGAGACAACGCUAAAAAAAAUAAGAGAAGAAGAAAAAAUUAAGAGGGAGACAAUUGACAGAUUAAUUAAAAAUGCAAAUGCCAUGUUGAAGGGCGGAAUCAAAGAAAAAGACAUGGUUUCCGUAAAUAUGGCAAAAUCUCUGCUAGAAACUGUAGUAAAGGAGAGAAAAGAAGAAGAACAACAAAUACAAGAGGAAGAAAAAAUACAAAAAAUCGUAGAUAAGAAGAAAAAUGCACUUAUAACAAACUUCUUUAACCUUUAACUAGUGACGUGAAAAAUUUAUAACACUAUAGGUGACGUGUCGUCUCACAGGCUACAACUUUUAAUGUAGAUUUUUUCGGAAACUAUAAUUGGAAUGUUUUGAAACUAUAUAUGUAUUAUACCAGUAGUAUGUAAUAAAAGACAUAUUAAUGAA